GAAUGUUAGAAACUCAUAUGAAAGAACAUGUGUACAAAAUAAAAAUAAUUUCUGUUAAAAGGCUUAAACAAUCAAUAUUUCCAAGUUUUAUCCGAUGACUGGCUAAUAAACCGUAACACAAUGUCCUAUAAAAUGUCUGCUUAUGGGAAUUACAUCAUUGUUGUUGCUUUAGUCACAACUAUCCCUGCCUCUUGCGUGUCCUCGAAUAAAAACACAUUCGCCAACCAGUUUUACAAGCAAAUGAGCACGUUUUACGGGAACAAAAACUUGGUCUGCUCUCCCGUCGGCUUGAAAAUCGCCAUGGCGAUCAUGCACGCCGGAUCCGCAGGAAACACGGGAGAUGAAAUAAGGAAAUCUAUGAAUUUUGGUGAGCAAUCGCCAAACUUGGAGACGUUAAAGAACGAAAUAGAGUUUUUGAGGACCCCGGGGUUAAGAAUGACCAUAAAACUGUUUGUCAAUAAGAAUGUCACAGUCAAAAAGACGUUUGAGGAUGACGUCAAUAAUAUUUCCAGUGCUGUUGGAGUUGGCAAGGUCCCUUUCUCAGAGGACCGAAGAGGAUCGGCUGAAGCGAUCAACAAUUGGACGUCGUCUUCAACUGAUAAAAAAAUCAAGGAGAUUGUAAAACAAGAUGAUAUCACAUCGGGAACUCGUUUAAUCAUCGCCAACGCGGCGCACUUCUUAUCAAAAUGGAAGUACGCCUUCGACAAGAAGAAGACCAUUUUCGGUUAUUUUACUAAUUUGCACAAUGCGAAUACAAAAGUGAGAUACAUGACAGACACUUUUCUUGCCAAUUAUUCACAGAUUGUCAAGCUCAGGGCGAAAAUAUUACAGCUGCCGUUCGAGGAUGAUGCGUUCCAAAUGAUCAUACUUCUUCCUCAAACAAACGCUGACUUGAAAUUCGUUGAAGGAGAGGUAAGCAAAAUGGACAUGAGCGAAAUCGUCGGACUGCUGCAACCGACGGUGAUCGAAGUCCGUCUGCCCGUCUUCAAGUUGGUUUCUCUAGUCAACCCUAGACGGCCUUUACAAAAUUUGGGAAUAAAACAGCUCUUCACACCGGGGGCAGAUUUGAGAAACAUCUCCGACUCGGGUAUAUACGUGGAUAAAAUAAUACAGAAAGUUUCAAUAGAAAUAAACGAAAAUGGAAAUCAAACAUCACCAUUAAAUGAAAAGUAUAAGAAAAACGCAACAUUGCCGAGGUUCUAUGCCAACACCCCUUUUAUGUUUGCAAUAGUCGACCAAACCACAACGCCAUUAUUUUGUGGAAAAUAUACAGGGGAGAAUAACUGAACAGAAAACAUUCCUUAGAAGGCUAAUAAAACACAACCAUUGUGGAAAAAAAAUAUAGAA